AUGGCUAAUGAAAAUCAUGAUCCAUUCUAUCAUCACACCCACCACCAUGAUGAUGAUGAACUCAAUCACUCUAACUUUUCAUUCUCACAAAACUUUCAAGCCUUUGAUCAUCCUUCUUCUCAUACUACAUCUUUCACUGACUACUUACAUGGUUCUAUGGACUAUAACACUCUCUCAAAAGCCUUUGACUUGUCUUGUUCAUCAUCUGAAAUACUUUCUUCCAUUAAUGAUAAUAACAUGAAGAAAUCUAGUGCUGGAGAUUCUGAAUCAUCUUCAUCUAACGAAGCUGAAGCUCUCGUAGAACUAGACUCACCUAAAAUGGAAAAGAAAGAUAAGUAUCCAAAAUUAGGGUCUGAAGAUGGCCAUGAAAAUUCUAAGAAAGAGAACAAGGUUAAAAAGAAAGAGAAAAAACCAAAAGAACCAAGGUUUGCAUUCUUGACUAAAAGUGAGAUUGAUCAUCUUGAAGAUGGAUAUAGAUGGAGAAAAUAUGGACAAAAAGCAGUCAAGAAUAGUCCGUACCCAAGGAGCUACUAUAGAUGCACAAGUCAAAAGUGUAUAGUGAAGAAAAGAGUUGAAAGAUCAUACCAAGAUCCAUCAAUUGUGAUGACAACAUAUGAAGGACAACACAACCAUCAUUGUCCAGCAACACUUAGAGGCAAUGCAGCUUCCAACAUCUUUUCAUCACCAUCUCUCUUUGGUUCCAACUCAGUUAGGUUGGAGCAAAGAAUACACCAAGAUUUCCUUGCUCAGUUUCUUCCUAGUUAUAGCCAAAGUAGUAAUCAUCAAAUGUUCCACCAAAAUGUUUCUCUACAGGCUCAUCAGCAUCAGCAGCAACAACAACAGCAACAACAUCAGCAACAUCAACAACAGUUUCAACUCCAUCACGACAAUGGUUUGUUGCAAGAUCUACUACCAUCAUCAUUUCCAGGAAAACAAGAGCAAUGA